UGUUCUCUGGAAAAGGAGGGAGGCGGCAGUUACAAACGCUCCUCUUAACUCUCUGACAGCCUCUGGCAGCACUGGAAGAGAGCGAGAGCCAGCAAACAGAGGCUUUUCAGAGCACAGAGAGCGAACUUGUUCAGCGCUGGACUUUUAUCAUGCUGAAUUGACCAGCGUCUUCCCUCUGGGAUACUCUACAAAACGACUGCUCGCAGGACGAGACUCGCAACACAAGAAGCGAAAAUGCUCAGCUUUGAGCGGCCGCCUCCAUUAGCAGCGAUGCAUGCUGGGAGAGAGCCUCCUUCCGUGGCCAUACAACCCCUGAGAAACACUCACCCGCAGCGGAGGAGGACCAAGAGGAUGGAGCGGGGCAAAGCCGGGCUGAGCUCCAAAAAGCUGGCCGUCCUGUCUCGCUCGCUCCUCAUCUGCAGCUCCAGCGCUCAUGAGGAUGCGUCCAGCCCUGAGGAGAAAUACAGAGAACCAUGGGACGUCCCACUGGAGGACAGACGACCAGACGGGACGCUCAUGAGCAGGAGCGUCAGUGUGCAGACCUCCUACAGGGGCCACGAGGGGCCCAAACGAGCCAUGAGGAGGUCCUUCUCCAUCAAGGAGACCAGUUUCUGGAGGAUGUGUGUCGCCACACGAGACGAUGCUUUACACACGGCGGACAGAAAACUCCAAAACUGCGACAAUGAAGCUUCUGUUGCUCAGGAUUUACACAGGGAAACUUACAUCUACUUUGGAGAGCGAUUGGCCCCAUUUAACGGACAGGUCAUAAACGAGCAACCAAACCCGGAGCCUGACCUCCACAAACACAAGACGACGGAGAGCAGAAACACCAGCUCUAAAGCUUUCACUGAAAACAGAGCUCUUUUCACUAACACCACUGAAUCCCAGCAGCUUGGCUACGGCUAUGGAGAAAAGGAGCCAAUGGGAAACAACAAUAACUUGCAGAUGCCAAUUAUAAAGGUGUCAGACGAUGAUGUCAAAGACAUUGACAAUGAAGACCAGGGCUGCCAAGAAAUGUCCUGCAAAAGAUCUCGCUCCAACUCCACCAGCGUUCACCCGUACUGGAUCGGAGACUUGGAGACCAUCAUUAUGAAGACGCCGGAGCUUUUCCCGUGUUCCGCCCACAACACCGCGGCCUUUUACGGCAACAGGAAGAGUCUCUCUCAGCAGCUGGAGUUUCCGCACAGUGUCCCGCAGGCUGUGGUUCGACCGUCUCGCUCUUUGAGUUCUGCACAUUUGGUCCCUUCCUGCAGCAGCGUUCAGGCCUUUAUCAUCUCUAACAUCGUCCUCAUGAAGGGCCACGGCAAGGGUUUGGGCUUCAGCAUUGUAGGAGGCAGAGACAGCAUGUACGGCCCAAUGGGGAUUUAUGUGAAGACCAUCUUUCCUGGAGGUGCAGCAGCUGCUGACGGAAGACUACAGGAAGGAGAUGAGAUACUAGAACUGAACGGUGAAUCUCUGCAUGGUUUAACACACGAAGAUGCCUUACACAAAUUUAAACAAGUGAAGAAGGGUUUGCUGACGCUGGUGGUCAGGACGAGUCUGCGGGUGGGCGCAGUGAUGGGAAGUCAUGGCCAGGCGUCUCAGCUCUGCAGAUCCAGAUCACUGAGCUCCAGCACCGCUAUCAGUCGAGUCAGCGCUGAUCUGGGGGAAUACAACUGCCUGAUUAACCCAGCAAAAGCCCAGGACAGAAUCAUGAUGGAGAUCACGCUGCACAAGGAGUUUGGUGUUGGUCUAGGUAUUGGUUUGUGCUGUGUACCGUCUUCUGGCGGCUGUCCGGGAAUCUACAUUCACACACUGUCUCCUGGAUCUGUGGUUCACAUGGACGGACGAUUAAGAUGUGGUGAUGAGAUCAUGGAGAUCAAUGAGACGGUGGUCUGCAACAUGACGCUGAACGAUGUGUACACAGUUCUGAGCCAGUGCAGCCCGGGCCCGGUUCACAUCAUCAUCAGUCGACACCCCGACCCCAAAGUCUCUGAGCAGCAGCUGAACGAAGCCAUCUCUCAGGCGGUGGAGAACAGCAGAUUGAGGAAAGACAGGAGUCAGUGGAGUAUGGAUGGAUGUAACAGCAGUCUGAGGAGACCCGAGUCCUGUUGCCACAGCAGGCAGAAGUGCAUGCGCUGCGUGGACCGGAGCACCAGUCAGCUGACCUGCAGACGCACACAGAAACCCAUGAUCCGCUCCUGCAGCGAAGGCGCUUACAGCCAACGCUGCUGCAUCCCAAACAGCACCACCGCUCAAUCCUUCCUACACACGGACCACGUCUCUCUAACAACCAACAGUGAGACCUCACUCAACAACACACUGUCUCAAUCCUCCUUCACCGAUGACGACUAUAACAUUCCCUACAAAUGUCCAGUGAACUUCAAUGGAAAGCAGACAUUUGAUGUGAACGCAAGUUCAGGACUAGUAAACCAGCCCCGAAAAUACUGUAGACAGCAACAGGAAGUCAGCAGUCAGGAAGCACUGAAUGUUUCGAGCGGCUCUAGUCGAGAUUCACCAGUUAAGGAGGAAGAUUUGAUGCUCUCACAAAGCAAUUGCCAGUUUUUCUGCAGUCUUUACAGGGCUUUGAGAAAGAUCUCAAGGCUUCUGUUUAAGAAUGAAGUGGUUGAGCACGCAGAACUCGGAACUAAAGCAUCUGCCUGCAUCUCUGAGCCUAAAAGUGACUCAACACACAGAGGGGACAGACUGCAUAAAGAUCCGGAGUGUUCAUCUCAGGUGUGUGGUUCGAGUAAGCGGGUCGGUCUGAGACGUCAAGCUCAUUUGGAGGUCAGUACAGAUCAACCACUUGACCCCUGGGUAAAGCUGACGGACAGCCCUGAGAAUCAGUCAUAUUGCUCUAAAACCAUGAGUGACCAUAAUGGAGAUAGCGAAGUUAAUGGUACAGCCUCUGAAACCACAGAGUCCAAAUCUGAGCAAGCUACCAGUGUUAAAAAAGGGCCCCCAGUGGCUCCAAAGUCUGCACGAGCACGUCAAAGUAUGAAGAGCAUUAAGUCUGGGAAACCGAUAACAGAGGCUUUUAGGAAUCAACAGGAUAACAGGAGCCACGAAACUGGCAGGACCUUUGGGAUUAGUUCGAGAGCUGCUUCAUCGGGAGGCAAUUUGUCAAUCAGGCAGAAGAUCAGCUCGUUUGAGACUUUCUCAAGUCCUGAUGGAUCUGAAAGGCCAAGCUGGCGAAUGGCUCCAACUGCAUCUGUUCCUCCAACAGAGAAGACGACUAAAACCUCGUCUGCAGACUACAGCAAUGCAGACAGAACCAGAGUUAACACAAGCAACUUGCGCAAUAAUGAUUACUGCCAAUCUACACCACCAAUUUCAGCAACCACCCUGCUUUCAGAAGAGCACUCAACUUCCCUCAUUUUAGAGUCCCAUCCUGGGGUAGAAAAACAGUCAACCUCUCAUGAUUCAGAGACCUGUAAGUCAAUCCCUGUUGAGGAACCUACUGUUGACCCUACUGAAGAGAUUACAACCGCUGUGGAGACAGAGCAAGAACUCGUUUCUUCUGCAAAGUCUUCUGUAGAUACUGAGCAUAAACCAGUUUCUUCUUCGGAGACUGAACAAGAACCGGUUUCUUCUACAAAGUCUUCUGUGGAGACUGAACCAGUUACUUCUGCGGAGACUAAGCAAGAACCAGUUUCUUCUGAAAAGGAUUUGCCCUCUGUAACCCACGUCCCAAGAAGAUCAAGCAGCUCAAAAGAAGCCCCUGGAGAAAAAGCAGAAGAUGCUGGGACUCAUGCUGUGAGCUUGAGGACCAGGAGUUUACCCCUCAGUCCCUCUUCAGAUGGCCCCAUCUCAAGCGGCUUGGAAGGGGAGAGCCUGGGGAUCAUCUUGUCCUUCAGCAACCAAGUGUCCAGUGCGCUCAUGCGAUCCAUGCAGUCCCUGCCACAGUCCCCUUGUAUUCGGUUAGGGAACCCUUGGAGUGCCCCACCAGGAUCCCCGCUUCAUAACCCAAUCGAGGAAGACUCUGCUGCUGAAAACCCCCAUGCUUCGACAGCUCUGGAAAACAACGAGAAGGGUUUCUCUGUCAGCUUGGCUGAAUUAAGAGAGCGUACCAUUGAGAGAGGAGAGGAGUGCAAGACGGACGACUGGAAACCUGAACAAGCCCUCACUUCAGCCUCAGCCGCCUGUGCCCAAUCCAUGCUCUCUGUCCUUCCGCAACCGGAGAUCCAGCGGAUGAUUCAGGAAGUGAAGGACCUGGAUGAAGACACGCUAAGGCAACUGGAAGACAUCCACGUCGUGAUUCUACAUAAAGAAGAAGGAGCUGGCUUGGGUUUCAGCAUCGCCGGUGGUAUUGAUCUGGAGAACAAAGCAACUACAGUUCACAGAGUGUUUCCCAGUGGUCUGGCAGCUCAGGAGGGCACCAUUGAAAAAGGAGAUGAAGUCUUGUCCAUCAACGGCCAAACGCUAAAGAACGUGACGCACAGCGACGCCACAGCGAUCCUCAGACAAUCACGGACCCUGAAGCAGGCGGUGGUGGUGGUGUCCAAAAACAAAGAUGCAGAAGGCAAGAGCGCUAACGCCAAUGAGUCCAGCUGUAGCGGUGGAGCCGAGAGCAGCAUCGCAGGAGACGAUGGAGGGGAAGUCGUAACAUUUGAGCUGGAGAAGAACGCAGGAGGAGUUGGAUUCAGUCUUGAAGGAGGAAAAGGCUCGAUUAGUGGAGACAGACCACUAGCUGUCAACAGAAUAUUCACAGGGAGUGAUGCGGAACAGAAGGGGCUGAAGUCUGGAGACGAGGUGCUGCAGAUCCAGGACUCUUCUCUGCAGGGUCUCACACGCUUCGAAGCCUGGACUCUCAUCAAAAACCUCAACGACGGCCGGUUCACACUCAUCGUCAAGAGGAGAAGAUGUGAACAGAGCUAAAACUCCACUCUAAAAGCACUUAGAGAAUAAUCACAGUUUUACAACAUGUUACGAAAUGUCUCCAUUCAAUUCUUUUCAUUUUAAAAUAGAAGGGUUCCCACACCUUGAGGCUAAGGAAUUUUUGUUCACACUUUACAAUAAGGUGCCAUCAGUUCAUUGUUUUACCAACAUGACCUACUUAUGAACAAUACCUGUAUGGCAUUUAUUAUUCAGUUUGACAUUUAUUAAAGCAUUAUUAACAUCCAUGCUUUUAACAUAAACUAACAAUGAACAAAUACUGUAAUGUAUUGUAUAUUGCUCGAGUAUAUUAGUAAAUGCAUUAAUUUUUGGGAACGUUACAAUAAGGUUUCAUAAUUUACAUGAACAAAUAAUGUACAAGACAUUACAGUAUUUUCGUUAAAGCCGUCACGAACUGCCUAAGGAUUUUAUUUUGUACUGUUCUCUGAGGUCCACCAAUAACGUCAUGAAGAUUUGUACAUCAAAACAUCAUCAUUUAUACAAAAUUUGACUAUUUUCAGUGCUGUUUUUGCACUUUGUUUGUAUUAGCGUGAUGAAUUGUACACUGUAAAAGAUGUUAAAUAUUAACAGUUUCAGUAUUUUGUGAUUCACAAGUGUUUUCAGUGUUAUUUACGAUUGUGAAUUGCAUUAUGGGAGGUUGAU